AUGAAGGCUGCUUUUAGGGUGCUUUUGCCAUGCCUGGUGCUGGUGCUUCCCACUGCAGCGCUCACAAGAAGGGGGAGCAUGGGGGAAAGGAUUUCCCCAAAGAAGCAACUGGAGCUGAGACCGUCAGAGGAGCUGGGACUUGAAGCAGAGGAGAGAAAGAGAGAAAAUGCAAGUUUGCAGGAAAGAGGGAGACCCAACUCAGCCGCAAGACCCAGGGUGACUGCUGCCGCUCGCCUCUUCGCUAAGCCUGAGCCAGGAGCCAAAUGCAUGCAGGGGAUAGGGGAGGAUGGGGGUAUUGGCUGGCCUGGCUCUAGCCUGCACCCAUGGCCUCUUGGGGGGCUGGAAGGGCCCGUCUGCAGGGUGAAAAUGGACCAGGAUGGGCUGACCCUGAGGCACCUGGAUGUUGUGGGUGUGCUCACCCAGUAUGAAAGCGCCUUCAUCAAGCUGCUGAGACAACACACCAGCUGGGACAGGAGCUCUCUCGAGACCUUCGGGCUCUGCCCAGCUGGUGGCAUGGGUGCUGCUCUUCAUCCCCUGAAGCACAUCCAGGCGCACGUGGUGGAGCCGGGGCAGGACCGUGUCCUCGUGCUGCACCUGGAGCAAGUGAAGUGGGAGACGCAGGCGAAGCUGUGGUUCAAGCUGGCUUUCCAGGCCGAGGUGGGCCGGUCGCUGGGAGAGCUGCGCGGGGCCGUGCUGCUCUUCUACCGUGCCUCCUUGCCCCCCACAGAGACCCAGCGGCUCCUUUUUGGCACAGAUGACAAGUGCUUCACCAGGAUGACCCCCGUGCUGCUCUUGCUGGCCCAGGCACAGCGGGAGGAGGAAGAGGAGGAGGAGGAGGAGGUGGCUCUGGCCCAAUCUUCCUACCUCUCUGCUGAUGGGGUGGUGGAUGUGGCUCCGUACCCACAGCUCAGCCCACCCCUGGCCGGGACUGAAGAGCUGCCAUUGCCCACCACCCUGAAUCACACCAAUGCGUCCUUCUCAGCACCUGGCAACAGCAGCCAAUUCCUGGGCAUCCUCACUCGCUUCAUCCGCCAGGUCCUGAGCCCCGACACCGAGCCUCCCACCCCACCCAGUGCCCACCACUGGUUGGACUUCCAGCUGAUGGAGACCCUCCCUCACCAGCUGCUCAACCUCUCAGAGGAGGCGGCACUGGAGCGACUGGUGCAGUCGGAGGAGCCCUCGGUGCUGCUCUUCCCCCAGGACAGCGGGGCCAUGCUGGAGCAGCACCUGGGGGACUGGCAGCCAGAGGGGACUGUGCUGCAGCUGCUGAUGGGCAAACUGGAGGCGGUGAUCCAGGAGCUGAGGGACAUCCCAGCUUUCCGAGCCAAUACGGGGCUUUUCCAACAUCUCCUGAGUUUCUGCUACUUCCCGCCAGGGCUGGGCGAGGAAAGAGGUGUCGAGCAGCCCUCAGGCUUGGGAAAGCUGCACGCUCUGCUGCUGCUGAAGGCGCUGCAGACGGUGCGGGUGCGCUGGCAGGAGCGCAGGAAGGUGCUGCGGCAGAACCGCAGUGCGCGGCACCAGGCCCACUGCCGCCUGCAGGAGCUGACCAUUGACCUGCGCGACCGCCAGUUCAUCGUCAUGCCCACCGUCUACGCCGCCAACAACUGUGAGGGGCCCUGCAAGUUGCCCCUCUCCACCCGCGUCCCUGGCUACCACUCGCACACGGUGCUGCUGCUGGGGAUGCAGGAGCGGGGCUCCCCUCUCCAGCGGGCUCCCUGCUGCGUGCCCAUCCGCUACUCGGACCAGCUCAUCAUCAGCCUGUCCGCGGAGGGGCUGGAGGUCCGCAAGUUUCCCAACAUGGUGGCAGAGGAGUGCGGCUGUCGGUAG